AUGAGCACAGAUAGUUUCAGCAAAGACGGCAUUCACCUCGAAAGAGAAACCCUUAGUGGUGUCUUCACUAUUUACAUGGAUCGUAAAGAAAAUCGAUUCAACCCUUCUCUUGUGAAAGAUGUUGGCCAAGCUCUGAAAGUGGUCGAAGAAGCAGAUCAUCCCAAGGCACUGAUCAUUACAGGCGAAGGAAAAUUCUUUUCCAAUGGACUCGAUAUCAACUGGAUGGGAAAAUUUCCAGAGAAAACGCCGUCCAUGAUUGAAGGAGUUUGGAAACUAUUGGGUCGCAUACUGAUCAUGGACUGUCGAACAGUGGCGGCAAUCAAUGGACACGCAUUUGGAGCUGGUUUGUUUAUGGCGUUGGCCUGCGAUUACCGGAUCAUGAGAACCAAGAGAGGAUUUGUCAACUUUCCAGAAGUCAACCUGGGGAUGCGACUGGCAAAGGGAUUCUCAGAGCUUGCCAAAGCAAAAUGCACAAUAACGACACUACGCGAGGGCGUACUUACUGCAAAGCGUUAUGGAAGUACCGAUGCCAUUGCCGCUGGUCUUGUCGAUGAAGAAUGUCCACUGGAAGAGCUGCAAAUGAGUGCCGAAAUCAUGGCCAAGGGUGGUCUUGCAGAGAAUUUGAGGCUCGCAAAUUUCAAUCCUGGUACCUUUUCUCAAAUAAAAAUUGAGCUAUACACGGAUGCUUACAGGGCAUUGACCAUGGGGACAGCUGCCAGUCCCUCGCAUAGUCGUCUGUGA